AUGAGCGAUCAAACACCAGAAGAAAUCUACGCCGCUUCUAGACUGAUUGCUGCUGAGCUGUUUGCCUCUGGUCUGCUUCCAGAGGCCGAAGAACGCUCCAAGAAACCCGAUCUCGCAUCUCUUCUCGACAACGAGAAGUCAGCCUGGGCGAACAAGAACCACGCGCUCGGGUUCCCGGUGGCCGACGUGCGCACCGAUCUCGUAAAGUGGAUGCGGGGCUGGGACAAGGGCGUCGAGAGGGCCUGCAGCUCGGCGACGGACGUGGUGACGUAUACCUCGGCGUUCCGUUUCCCCUUCUACGUUAGCAGGACACCUGGUCCCACGGAGUACGAGUUUUUGCGCGUCGGGAAGCUUAGAGCGCAGGACGAACAUCGAAGAGUGAUGCUGGGGCUCGGGGAACUCUACGGCGAGCUUGAAAAGGAGCGGUGCAGCAUUCGAGACUGGUUUAUGCUCGUCAGCGCGGAGAAGCGGCGAAAGGCGCUCGCUCGGGCCUUCGAGAAUACGUGCUGGUGCACCGUACUUGGCCAGGACUCGCGCGUGCUCUGUCCCGAGAUCAACAGCACGACCCUUCUGAAACGCCGAGGACUCGAGCUCUUUGACUUCUGUGACCGGUACAAGGAUAACAUGAGCUCUUUCUUCGGAGAAGACGACCCUACGCAAACAAACAUGCUCUAUAGCGACUGGUGGCGGAGCGCACGACGACCAGAAGACAGCCACGUUGGGCGUAACCAUUACGAAAACUACAGGUAUUUGUAUCAACUCUAUACAUACUUUCGGCUCGAGUUUCUCGACAAGUUUGUAUAUUACACUCUAAAGGUCGUCCUCAUGGGUUUCGUCGAAAACAUGUCAAACAGCGACUCUUUUGUGCCUCGCUUGAUCUGGAUGGCUGGCCGGCAGGGCGUACAGAAUCUCUUGGCCGUCCGAAGAGAAAUGAGGAGCCGCGCCGGGCGCCGGUGCGAACACUGCGAUCGCUGCCCGGAGGACUUUGGCGAAAGUAUCAAGUUCCUUAUCUGUGGCGCAUGCAAACGCCACCUCAACUUCGAGUAUCCCUACUGCUCCAAAGAAUGUCAGAUGUCGGACUGGCCUCAACACAAAGUGCACUGUGGCAAGGAGAAGGUGUCCAAAGGCCGCGACGAGGGGCAACCGGAGUACACGCUCUCGCUCGGCGCGCUUCUCCAGCUUGAAUACCAGCUACAGCGCCCCGAAUUCGACUACUUCAUCUUCCAGGUCGACGCACCCCAAGGCUGGCCAGUCGUAUUUCUCCAUGACGCCGAAAAACGGGCAACCUUUAGAGAAAAACGUGCUAUGGUCGCAACAGACUCCGACCGAGCCGGCCUCGACGUGCUCGCAAAGUGUCUCGUGGAUGCGCUGAAAGCAGACACCGCCGAAUCGGGAAUCACCAGGGACAAUGUCAUCCAGCAGCUAUGUGAGGAAUACGAGGUCGAUGUGAAGAGUCGGCUUGAGGCGCUUGAAGCAGAAUUGGCGAUGGUAGGCGAUGAGGACCGGUAUAGCGGCAUGGUGGUCAUCGGAGGGCGACGAACCGGAAGCUUAUAGUGGUAUUGAGUUUUCGGGCCAGUGGUUGUUUUUG